AUGAUCUCGAUCCCGUCGCCUCGCCUUCCCUCUCGACUCAACGGACGGCCUCAAUCCGCCAUUCCCGCCAUGCCCCCGGCAACCACUCCGGCCGCCCACUCCUCCGCGCUCUGCUCGACCGUUACGGCAUGCGCCUCGCGGUCUUCGCGGCGGGCCAAGCGGGGGGAGUUCGUGCGACGCCUUGCGGUGAACGGCGUGGGCGCAUUCCUGCUGGUGUGGCUCGCCACGUGGUUUGGCGACGACUGGGACGCCGGCUUCGCAGAACCUGGCCACGUGGCGCCUCAGAACGAUGACAGUGACGGUGACGGGGACGGUGACGUGGCUGUACCGGGCAGCAUUCCGCAAUCCCCGCCGCGAUUCAUCCUCUACCGCAUGAUCGGCAACGAUAUCCCGCCGUUGCAGUGCGACGGGCAGCUGUACGAGAACACGCUGUACGCGUUACAGCACGAGCCGAGGCGGCUGGCGGGGUGCCGGCGCGUGUGGGUGGUGAACAACGUGGUGAACGAAACUUCAGAGCAACUGGUGGUGCGCGCACUCAAGGCGCACGGGUACGGGGACGAGGACAUCAUAGUGCGGCGAAUCAACUACAGCCACGUGGCCCAGCUUCCCGAGGACCAAUGGGGUGCAGCCGUGUCAGCACAGAACGAGGCGCGCAACGCGAUGCUGGAGCACGGGCAGGCAUCGGGGGCGCGGUGGAUCCUGCCGUGGGACGGCAACCAGUUCCUCACCCGCGAGGCGUGGCACCGCAUCGUCGCAGCUGCUGACCGCUACGAGGCACAAGGUCUCACCGUGUUCAAGGUGGCGAUGGUGAAGGUGCAGAGCGUGCAGCAGCCAGCAUGGCUGAACGCCUCGUCGCUCUUCCGCCACAUCCGCCCGCACGCCCCGGGGCAGUGGGAGAGCCAAGUCGCCUUCCGCAACGACUCCCCUCACCGCUUCAAGGAAGCAAUGCCGCUGUUGUUUAUCAGUAGAGGAGGCGCUGCUUUCGAGUCGCAGUGCAGGUACUCGCACUCACUGCUGUCUGCUCUUGAGGUGCCUAAAUAUUACAACACGCUGCUUGCACCCACUUCUGUUACCACUACCCAUGGGCUGGCCUUGCAUCUGGCAGUAACGACAGCCCUCUCCCCGUCUCACCAUGCGUCCUCUCUUUCACAGCUCUCUCACUCCUCUGCCUGCCUCCUCUACUUGAUGAUCAUCCCCAUGGCUGUCAUUGGCAGGGAUUACCACGAGAGGAGAGUGUCUGUGCGCACGGCGCUGCAGUGCGGGUAUUCUGUGCGCCUUUGGUACCACCCAUGCCCGGGGGUGGAUAUCAAGAAGGCGUUUCGCAGCACAGCGUACAGGACAGAGUUGAGAGCGCGAGGGAGGGAGAUGUUUCAAGAGCAGAUUCGAGUGGCUAUGGCGAGGCAUGGGGUGCUGCCAGUGAUGGGGAAGGCAGACGGUGGGGAAUUAUGA